AUGCGCGCGAUGCUCGCGUCGCUGGCGCGGCGGUGCGGUGUCGCUCACCGCGCGUUCUGGCGCGAAGAUGGGCGAUCCUUCGCUAGGACCCUCUCUUCGUCCGCUUCGGACCAAGAGUCCGCGCUUCAGAACGCCAUGCUGAGCUCGUUCCAGCGUUGGUUCGAAGCCUACGGCGGGACAACGAGCGGCAUCUCGAUGGUGCAGACGCCGAGCAUCGGCUGGGGUCUCACUGCUUCGAGGGACGUCGAUGUCGGCGAGCGCCUCAUACUCCUACCGAGGGUCCUACAGAUGACGUACUCCUUGCAAGACCGGGAAUCGACGUCCUCUUCGGACCAGGCGACCGCGGAACUAGACCGCGAACCGGACACGCCGCUCUACCUCAAGGAACUCAUCGCCCAAAUUCCAGACGAGCUGUGGAGCGUACGUCUGGGCCUCGCGCUCUUACACGAACGUGCCUUGGGUGGCAAGUCGCCAUUCUUUCAGUACAUUAGCUUACUUCCAGCCAUGCACAGAGGUCUGCCGCUGUUCUUUGGCCCGGAAGCUGUCGAUGCCCUGCAGUAUCUGCCGCUGGUUGUGCAGGUCAAGCGCAGAUCUCGAUUCCUCAUCGAUUACUCCUCGGGUCCGCUGAAGAACGUCACGGCUGGUAAGAACGGGGAGACUGAGAGUGUCCCGUUCAACGGUUACAGUGUUGGCGCGGACGCGCUGGGUUGGGCUUUCGCGUGCGCAUCCAGCCGCGCGUUCCGUGUCGCGGGGGAGGGGAAACCCGCCGCGAUGUUACCUCUGAUUGACGUCGCCAACCAUUCCUUUGAAGCGAGCGCAGAGGUGAGAGCAGCGAUGGGUGAGGGGCCGGGGGCGAUCGAGAUGGUCGCCUCGCGGCCUCUUCGCGCGGGAGAUGAGGUCACGCUCAACUACGGAAACCUGAGCAACGAUCAUUUCCUGCUCGACUACGGCUUUGUGCCUCAGGGAAUCAACAAACACGACACCGCGAGUCUUCGAUGGGACGUCAGCUACCUCGAGGCGGCUCGUGAGGUGGCGGGGUUGGCUCAAGUGCCGUUUGCGGCAGGUACAGAACCGUGGCAGAGCGCCAUGCUAUCGGAGCUCGGUCUGGACGACGAUCCGGAAGUGCUGGUGACGCGCGAUGAGAGGCAACCGGUGGAUGCGCGGCUGCUCGCGGGUAUCAGAGUCCUGUACGCUUCGGGUCCGGAGGAUUUCAGCAGCGGUGGAAGCGGCGAAGCGUUGCAGCCGCUUCGGCACGGGGCGCUGUUAGAGUCGACCCUUGACCGCACAAAAGAGGCAUACGCGCUGCGAACCGCACAGGCUGCGCUCGCCCUCGCGCUUGGUAACUUCCCUACGACGCUGAAAGAGGACGAAACAAAGUUGGAAGAGUUGACAGCAGAGUUGGCGGAACUUUCAGGAGUCGGCGAUGCGUUAGAGAAGGAGAACCUCGCGCUCGCGGUGAAGUUUCGGAAAGGCAAAAAGGAAGUGAUCUCGAGGGCGAUGAAAGCGAUCGAUGAGAGGCUGAGAGUUGUGCUCGCGUCGUAGUUUUGAUGUGAAAAAAUGGAAAGAUAAUUGAAAAAGAUGGCCGGCUGGCCGGGUCAACUUUGAAGUGUUGACCAACUUUGUUUCCUCCCCACUGGCCUAAACCGAAGUGAAUCUUCCUAACUCGGGCUUGCAAGUCAUGCGGCUCACCGCCUUCCCGAUCCUCGCGGCCUCCACGUCGAAAGUCAUCGAACGCACCAGCGAGUUUGCCUCGUGGAUCAUCCGAUGCUGUUCGUCCCUAUUCGCGUCGUCGAGCACCCACGCGAUGCGCUCAUGCAGAUCGUCGGGCGUCGCCGGCACGUAAUGCACCCACGGCUUGAGCUUGUGCGAAUACCAUCCCCGCAUUUUUGUCUCAAGGAUGAUGACGACCGAGGUGGACGCCAGCCUCAAGUACCUAUCGCUGUGUGAGCCGGCACCCGCGAUGUCAAUCACACCACGGUGCUGCUCCCAUGCGGGCUCAUACCCGGCACCCUGAACGUCCAGCGUCAGAUUGAGGGCUCGCAGAUCGUCCGCGUUGCAGUUACCGUCGACGUCCAGCGACGACAGCGCAGCGUCCAGCCCGGGGAUACCGCCGGGCACGUUCUCUGAUCUCAUCGCGAGCUGCACCCGCGGCACCCUGCGGCAGGAGUCGGCGAUGGCGUCGUGGACGUUCGCAAUGGCUC